GCUGAACUCCAUCACUUCAUCGAGCAGCACCCACACUUCGUCCAGGAUCACCUCGAUUUUGAAAACCAUCCGCGCAAAAGCAGUCAAACUAAGAGCUGCAACGGACUCAACCACAGCAAAGAAGACUGAAGGAUGGAAGAUGGAAGACUUCAAAGGUCACCUAUCCACUCAUCGUGUCUUUUCUACAUCAACAUGUCUCCCCUCCUUAUUUUCAUCUGAAGUAACAGACAGAGAAUCAGCACUUUGGAAACAGGGCUGAAACAGAGGGGAUUAUGGGUAAUGCUGCAAUGAUCUGUUUGGUGUUCCAGCCAAUCAGAGACAGGCUCUGGAUAUAUCUGAGAGCUGUGAUGUAUCGAUGAAACACAGUAUAAUAGGGGACUUUAAUGCGAACCCCUUCCCUUCUUUAUCUGAUGUUUCUCUCCAUUCCCCCAUUUCUGGAGAUAUGUUAUUUAUUUGAAAAUGUAUUUUCUUAUCUAUGAAGUACGGCUAUUUAAGAAAUUAGGGGGUUUAUUUUAGACAUGCUGGUGGAUCUCAGGCAAAUGGACACUGCCCUUUAUUUCCUGCUGCUCUUCAGGUUUAACUAAACAUAAUAUCAGGUGAAAGGGAUCGGGAUAUUUAUCACCACUAUGUGACACACACUAGAACAAUCUGCCAUACACUGAUGUAUACCCCAUAAAGAAGGGCUUUGAGGGACCAUGAACUGACUCAACAUAUGUUUUCUAUUUGCCAGCUACCUUUAUGGAAAUAAUACAAAAGCGGACCAGUUUUUCUAAGAAAAACAUUUAAUAUGAGGAUUGUUUAAUAUCUUUGGAGCUGUGAAUCCAUUGAACCAAUGACGGAUAGAUAUUACACACACUGUAUCUUUGACUUCCUGAUACUGUGGGUUUAAUAUCAAUCUCUGAUGGUUUGACUCAUUUUGUACCUUUUUAAAAGCUGCAAUGUUCAUGUGAAAUCUCUCAGAAAGAAAACAGAUCAAUGCUUUUAAAAAAUAAAUAUAUAAAUCACG